ACAAUAGCAGCCGUCUGAGAGUGCAUCGUCAACACAGUCAGAGUCGGUACAAUUGCUCAAAUAAAAGGUUAUUUUCACUUGUCGCGUUUUCAGCAAAAAAAAAAAAACAAGAUUUGAAUGAAGUGUGUGGAUAAAAGAGUAUCGAUAACGUUUAUAAACAAGAUACGGUAAUAAAUGUCUUAUGAUAAAAAGCGCACACGCCAUCUAAUUUAAAUAUUUACACUAUGUAUAUUGUAUUCAUUGUGAUUAGCCGAUUACACCCUUCCUCCUCUAAUCGGUUAGCCGUCUGCACCAGUUCAGCUUAUACAAACUGACCUACCGCUUAUUGUACAGACUGCUUUGCUCGGAGUAACAUCUCCUUACUAACGGAAAUUGCAUCGACUUUACACAGUUGGAUACGGAACAGAUGGCUCGAAAAAUAAAGAACCAAAUCGCUAGCGUUAUUAUUGUCAUCGUCUCAAGAGGUUAUUAAUUCUGUAGUCGUCUUAGGAUAUCAUUGAACUUCAAAACACGUUUAAAGAUAUAUCAUUCAUUGAUGUCAUCAUGGCUCAUAACGACAAAGAUAUGGUAUAUUUUGCAAGAAAAUAUCCGUUCCUUUUUGGAAACGAGGGCAACGUGGAAAAGACUUGGUUUGAGGAAGUUCUAAAACCAAUUUUCAUUGCAAACGAAAUCGGGGACAUUAAUGUUCUCGAGGACAUUAACAAUAAAUUACAAGAAUUGAUGGGUAAAGUACCAUCCGGCGUUAGUCCGGACACACCGGAAAAGAUAUGGUCCUUUACGCACCGUACUCCACUCAAAGAAAUAAAAGUGGUAAUUAUCGGCAAAGAUCCGUAUCCCACCAAAUACCAAGGAAACCCCAACGAGUUUAAGUCCGAUGGAUUAGCAUUUUCCACUGAAAUUAGCGAUGAAGAUAGAGUUAAAGUGCUACGCGACAUGCCUAGGAAUAGAAUCCUAUCCCUGAGAAUAUUCGACACAAUAAAACAACAAUUUCCAGACAAAGAGAUGGACUCUCCGCGGUCCUGCUGGACCCUAGACAGCUGGGCAAGGCAGGGAGUGCUUUUAUUCAACACUGCGCUCACGUGUGGAGAAGAUUCAGGGUCACAUUUGGAAUGGUGGAAAAAGAUCACGUUGGCAAUUGUCAUAGCUGUACGCGACUAUGUCCAGAAGAACGAUAACAAGGAACAGAAAUUGAUAGUUCAUUUGUGGGGUGAUGACGCCAUCGUGAAUUUUUACAGUAACUACUUUUACUCUGACAGAUGCAAACAUGUAGAUGUAACAUUAUCACGUCAUCCUUCAGCGGCUUAUGGUGGUCGUCCGUGUAUUAUCAAAAAUGAAGUUUUUAAGAAAACCAACGAAAAAUUGAAAGAAAUGGGCAAACCCGAAAUAGACUGGUCGACUGGACCCGGAAAACAUGCUGUUCAGCCUUCGGAUUUCGGAUCAGUUGCCACUGAUGAGACUAAAAACAAUUUAUGAUAAUUUAAAGAAAAGAAUUUCUACUUUUCCAAAAAAAAUGUAUUCAUAUACUAAUCGUUUUGAAAUGUAUUUAACUGAUUACUUUAUUUAUUAUCGAUAAAUGUUUUAAAACGAUCAAAUUGUUUUACCAAUAAGCCGAAAUUAUAUGUGACAUUAUAUAAUUUGUAUUUUAUUAGACUUUUGUUUGUUUUAGUAGAAAUUAUAUUUUAUUAUUGUUAUAGAUUGAGACCUACCAAAAAAAAGAAGUUUGUUGGCCGUUCUUACAAAUUUAGCUUGAAAAUUAUGUAUAGCUAAACGUUAAUAAUAGUAUAUAAUUAAAUUAUAAACUAAGAUGGCCAGAAUUCGUAAUAAACUGUACCUACAUAAAACCUACAUUAGAUUAAACUAUUAA